AUGUCAAACAUCAACCUCGCAACACUCGACAUCUCCGAGCAUCCCAAUCUCCCUUCAUCCUCCGCGGUCCUCUUCGAAGCCAAAGCCAAAAAGAAGCUCUCCUUCGAAGCCAUCGCCUCCGCCAUUGGCCGGAAUGAAGUAGCCACCGCAGCUAUCUUCUACGGACAAGCAAAAGCUUCCGCGGAGGACAUCGUCAAACUGUCUGAGGUUCUUGGCAUCGACCAUCUCUAUCUAGAGUCACUUCUGAGCGGGUUCCCGGACCGGGGCAAAUCCAUGACAUUCCCGCCCAAGGACCCGCUAAUCUAUCGCCUGUUUGAGAUUGUGCAGAAUUAUGGGUAUGCCUACAAGGCGGUGAUGAAUGAGAAGUUUGGAGAUGGAAUUAUGAGUGCCAUUUCAUUCUCGACGAAGGUGGAGAAGGAGACAGAUCUUGAUGGGAAUAAUUGGGCGGUUGUUACAUGGAGAGGGAAGUGGCUCCCUUAUUCGCGGUUCUGA